AUGGGGUCCCAGGCGACAAAGGCAGGCGACAAACUCCACGCUCUGAUCCACCAGUUUCGCCUUGCGUCGCCCUCUAUGGCGGAGGCGCAGAUGCGCAGCCAGCGCGCCCUGGCGUUCUGCUCAGACCUUGGCACGGAGUCUGCUUUGCACAGCGCCCUCCCAGCAGAUCUGUCGCAAGCCUUCCCCCACGGGCUGGACGUCCGCGCUGAAGAUGAUGACGGUCGCGCUGCCCCUGCUGCUCCAGCUGGCCCCCAGAGCGCCGCCGCGGCGGCGCCCGACCUCGCGGGCAUCGCGGACGACGACGGCGCCGCUGCCCCCCCCGCAGCCGACGCCAUGUUCGCAGACGAGAUGGACUUCGAGGAAGACGGCGGCGCCCGAGCAGCAGCUGGCUCCCCAGACGGCGGCAACAUGGACGCAGCAGACGACAACGGCAUGGCUGGCGUCCUCCACAUCUGCAACAGCGGGCUGAACGAUGUGAUCAAGGCGCUAAAGCACGAGCAGUGGUAUAUUGAUAGAUGCAAGCCCCUUGUGAAAUUGCUCGCGGACGAGUGGACGAGGAAUCGGCUCCUUGAGCGGUGUUUUUCCUCGGAGGGCGCACGUCAGCACCACGCCAGCAUCAAGGCCGUCACGACCAAACCAACCGAAUGGCGCUUCGGGUCUUGGAUACCAGCCUUGGUCCAGCUCCAGUACUGCGAGGUGGGUCUCCGACACUACUGGGAUCUCGCCUCCUACAACUCUCGGUCUGGGGCGCUGGACGUCGGCGGCGGCGGCGGGGGUGCCGAGGCAGACCCGCAGAGGCCCAGGGCGGAGACGGCUGCUCCAGACAGUAGAGAAGAGCUGAAGCUCGUCAACGAGGCGAUCAACAGUCCUGCCUUCUGGGCGUACGGGCACAUGAUCCUCCUGGUUGCACACGGGAUCCUGUUCGAGUUCCAGAAUUGGUGCGAGAGCUGCGUCUGCCAUGAUACCGACUUCAGGUACAAGCCAGGCUUCAGCGCUGCCCGUCCGUAUUUCGCCAGACGGAGUGACUACGGGACGGAGACGGGCGCGCGGCAUGCCCCGCGCCCCUUGCGCGGGCGCCGCGCCCCCGAGGUCGCGGCGGGGAAGGCGAUGCAUUUGUUGCGGGAGCUCGCGGGGCAGUCGCUCGGUGCGCUCGUCAUGCGGACAGCGGCGCUUCAGCCAGCCGACAGAACAAUGGUCGUGCGAGAGUUCGAACGAUGCAGGACAGCACUAAUGGAAGUGAUGGAAUCAAAGCUCGGCCAUUGGACGCGCCUUCCACAUCGGCUAUGUGCGCUGGGGUGCACUCCUGCUGCGGGGUCAUGCCAGGGCCCAGCCAGGGACGCCGUGCGCUCUUGCAUCGACAUGUACGCGGCGCUCACGGACGAGCAGCGCCAUGGUCUUUGGCCACUCGUCGCCCAGGUCUGCGACCCGUCAUCUCCUUCCUGGGGCGAGGUGCAGAGCUUCAUCGGCGGGGCGCCCCUCGACGACCUGCCCAACUUGAAGCGGAUGGCUGGCUCCAUGCAGUGCAUCCCGAUCUGCGAGCGCUCCAUCGAGAGCCGCCACCGACACAACAAGCUGAACGCGUCGAGGGCCCCGCGCGCAGGCGGGGCCUCCGUUGACGUGAUGUUGAAGCUCCCAGGCAUGGUUCGACAACUCAAGUACGACCCACAGAUGUUCCUGCGCCUUGCCACCACGGUCGGGGAAGUCCGAAAGUCACCCGAGAAGAUCGCCCGCAUGUUCGACCUGCAAG